GGCGAAAAUCCAACGGAAAGCCCGCCCUUCUCGCAGCAUUUUCAGUUCGGAACCUUUGGCAGGCUUCAGCGCACAGUAACGAAACUUGUCGCAGUCGAGGUUCGACGUGAAUUUGCCUCAAGGAUAAGGAAUUUGGAAAGGUGCAAAGGUUCGCGCCCUCCUCGCCCGAUACUACCAGCUUCCAGUUUUUUCGUAGCAAGGACCCUUGUGAAAGACUCAAAAGUUGCAGAAUGCCCCGAAUAACGCGACAUCGCAACCGCGGGGCGAGUGGACUCCUUCCCCUUCUGUUGAUCGCACUCUGUCUGUUGGCUUCCACCUUUGUGGGUGUAUACGGGCAACCGUUGCCAUCACAGACUGCGACCAGAGGCCCAAUAGUGGAUCCCCCAAACACGGAGCAGAUUCCGCGUCCUCCUACUUCUAGCGUCCCACCAACGUCGUCGAAUCCCGUCCCGCCUUCGUCCACAACGGCGCCCGCGCCCCCACCCUCGUCCUCAUCGGCACCCCCAUCGCCACCACCCACAAGCACGACAGCGGCCCCGCCCCCGCCGGUAUCGUCGCAGCCAACACAGCCUGCGCCAUCUCCUCGUGCAUCCACCACUGCCGCACCUCUACCGCCAUCGCCGGUAGUGAUCACCCCACCACCGACGUCGCGUACCCAGCUGAUCACUUUCACGUCAAAUGGAACUCCUAGGGUUACCGCGACCGUGAUAGUAGAUAUUCCUCCUGCGAUCACAACCACCCCGGUGACAGGCGCUGUCCCUAUCGAAGGAGUAAACGAUUCUGGUCAAAAUGCAGGAAAGAAGACGGCGGUCAUUGUGGGGAGCAUAAUCGGCGGCUUGUUCUCUAUGGCCGUUAUUGGGCUAGUUGGUACGGGUGUGGUACGUUGGCGUCAACGGGCCAGAAAGGGUGACAAUGAAGAAUUCGGACGCUCGAAACCCAUGUCUGAUCUUUUUGGUGCUAACAACAAGUUUUUGCGCCCCACAAGUCCGCCUAGUGUACAGCAUGAGGAAAUUGUGACGUCUGCCCCCGAGCGGCCUAUGAGUGGAGGCUACCCUACAGCAGGCGGGUACAGUCCGGUUGGCUUUGGAGGCGUGUCACCGCAACCGGAUUUUCAGAGUAUGAACCCGUCAAUGUAUAACUACGGUGGCGGCGGAGUUGAUGGAGUAUCAAGUGGGCACUAUGGCACUCUUCCAGUAUCAAGUGGAGUUGAAGUUUUACCUGGAAACAGUCAGUGGGGCACUCCUGGUACACUUCCCUCCCCGAAUGCCGGACUUGGUGGAAUGGAUGCAAUGGGACCUGGUCAAUGGGGAAGUGGAAACGUACCGUCACCGGCCGGGCCGGGCGGAGUCGAAGUAGUUUCUCCUGGUACGGGUGGACCGUGGACCGCCCCUUCGGGUCCGUCAUAUCCGGUCUCGUACACCGGUUUCGGCAAUCUUGCCCCAGUUCAUGAGAUUCUUCCUGUGGGCGUUGCUUUGAACUCUUUAAGGACCGCUCCGUCUGGCUCGUCCCUUGAGAGGAAAUCAUCACUGCCAGCCAACAGGACGUCGCGCACCCCAUCGGCAGAGACGAUGGUUGAGUCGCACGAAGGACCUUCUGGUGCUCAUGGAUCAACUCAGAACACAAUCGCAGAGCCCCCGGCGCAGGCGCCAGGAUUUGCAUUUGUGUACAAGGCAGCGGAAGCAGCAGCAGAGGCAGCUACUGCCAGUGGAUCCUCCCAUGGCCCUCCUUACGAGACUUUGCCAGCCUACCAGACGUUCGCUCGAUCUGACGACGGCAGUCAAGGUGAUUCCAGUACGCCUGUAGCUGCUCCAGACUCUAAGCACCUGUCGCAAGACUUGGGCCAAAAGAGAGUUGCUACCAUGGCCUUCAAGCCUUCACAGCCUGAUGAGAUUGUCAUCAUUCCUGGUGAUGCUGUUGUCAUAAGCCAAGCCUUCAGUGACGGCUGGUGUACAGGGACAAAUCUCCGUACUGGGCAACACGGUGCCUUCCCAAUGACAAUCCUCGCGCCGCAGUCAUCAUCCUGAUUUUAUGCCAUUUAUAAAUGACAGUUAUUCUGUGUGUCUUGUUAUAUUGACAUUUACUCUGUAUCUAGCUGUUUUUGGUUUUUUAUGUAGUUUGUGCUCUGUGUUUAUUAAAGUAGGUAGCCCUAGAAAAUAGAAAAGUCGCCUUGUACGAAUGAUAUCACGUGGGCGUAAAACACGUGCCAUUCUCCCUCAA